CCGCCCGGCACCAUCCCCGGCCCGGUGGUGGCCAAGGCCGAGGUGGAGAGGUGGUUCACGGCCCCCGGCGUGCGGAGGAUCCGGCUGAAGGAGGGAGGCGUAAGGGGCUCCCUCUUCCUGCCGCCGGGGGAUGGCCCCUUUCCAGGAGUGAUUGACAUGUACGGUGAUGAAGGAGGUUUGGUUGAAUUUAGAUCCAGUCUCCUGGCUACCCGUGGUUUUGCUGCUCUUUCUCUUCCAUAUUUUAACUUUGAAGAUCUCCCAAAGGUCAUGAAAGAAUUAAAACUCGAGUAUUUUGAGGAGGCAGCUAGAUUCCUACAGCGUCACCCAAAGGUGAAGGGACCAGGAGUUGGAGUGAUUGGGACUGGGAAAGGGGCAGAAUUAGCACUCUCCAUGAUCACGUUCCUGCCAGAAGUAGUGGCGGCUGUCUCUGUCUCCGGCUGUAGUUCCAACACUGUUGCAGACCUCCACUAUGGUGAGAUGACUCUGCCUGGGCUGCGUUUUGAUAUGAAUAAGGUCAUUGUUUCUCGUGCUGGGGUAUUUGACACUUUUGAAGCUCUGGAUGACCCAACGAAUCCUGCUAAUUCUCCUUGCACGAUCCCCAUUGAAAAAGCAGAAGGUCACUUUCUCUUUGUGGUAGGGGAAGAUGAUUGUAUGUGGAAGAGCUCCCUAUAUGCUGAGCUGGCAAUUGGCCGUCUACGCCAGCAUGGGAAAGAAAAUUUUGAACUCUUGAGUUAUCCGGGAGCAGGUCACCGAAUUGAUCCGCCUUCUACUCCAUUUUGUAAGGUAGCUAUCGAUCGGCUUUUGAGGGUACCUGUUCUGGAAGGUGGAGAGAGCAAAGCACAUGCUCACGCACAGGAACACUCCUGGAGAAAGAUUCGGGAGUUUCUGCACUUGCAUUUGGGAUGAACACAUAAGAACCUGCAAGUUGUUGCAAAGCUGCAGAGGCCUGAGCUUGAGCCACCAAAAUGACUGGCAAAUGGAGGGACUGACUAAGCAAAGCUUUGAAAUACGAGAUAACCAAAUGAUUACUUACCUACAAAUGUAAAUCCGAAAAGGGAAUUGAUUUCUUGGACUAGCCUAAGUUAUUUUAAUUAGGUACACAGAGGAGAA